AUAAUAUGAAGAGAGCUUCCUCUGACAGGAAACAAAACCCACGACAGUCAGAUUAGGAGCAGAAAAAACACAGAAGUGAAGUAUGUGACACGUCACUUCUAAAUUAUGUAGAAUUAGAUAUACGCCGAUGCUGAGAGCAUGCAUUUUCUGUUAGCCAUGAUGCUGACAAGACUGCUUCUGCUUCUCUGUCUGACAGGACAUGUGUUUGCCAAAGAACCCCCCGAUGUGGACUGUUUGGUGGUUCAUCUGAAAUAUGUUCACUGUUCUUGGAAUAAGGAGGGGACUCCAGAGGUCAAUUACACCUUCUACGGCUGGUUCCAAGGUGCCAACGUCUCCAGUGAGUGCCCCUCCUAUCUGUCAGAGAACAACAUAAACACUGGAUGUAACCAGCCCUAUGGCUUACUUAAUAGGUUCAACACAUUUUACACCAGACUGGUACAAGAAAACCAGAGUCCCAAGGAGAAGGAACAUAAUCUUAAAACAAAAGUCAAGUUCAAUCCACCAACCAACCUGACUGUCCAAUAUGGCGCCGACUCUAACCUGUGGCUCAACUGGACCCAAACUUCUCCUAAUUGUGUGGAAAGUCAAGUUCGCUACAGGAUCAACAAGGGGGACUGGGCGCCCUCUUUUGUCAGCCUAGGGAAGCAGAAUUACUGCCUCAACUUGCCCUCCCGUAGUUCCCUGUAUGAGCUGCAGGUGCGGAGCAAAAUGGGGUACAGCUGUGGAGAUUCCAUAUUCUGGAGUGACUGGUCUGAGCCUGUGGUCUGGGGAUCCAACAACAGCACAGAACCAAAUAAAGAGAACAGUUCAAUGUCUGUGUGGACUCCAGUGCUGUACGCUGUGGGUGCUUUUAUCCUCAUCAUACUGGUCAUGAUGUUGCUGCACCAUGAAAGAAUCAGAAUCAUCUUCAUCCCUGUGGUUCCCAAGCCAUCCCCAAACCUUCAAAACAUUGAGGAUUGGUUUAAAUUCCCUAAAAGCCUGAAAGAGGGUUUAAACUACAAUGAGCGUCCCUGCCCUGUGCGUGAGUACUGCCAUGUGCGCCAGUCCGACAGCGAGAGCUCUGACUGCUCAACCUGCUCUGUCACCACCGACCAAACCGACUGCUCCGUCUUCAUCCCUGUGAACGAACUGGACCUGUCUACUCCUUGCUCCUCUUCCAUCUCACAGUUUUAGUCUCAUCUGAGGAAGAGAGGCAAGUUCCUGUUUAGGAGGCAUCUCAAUCAGGGUUGGGUCUCCUUAAACGUCCAAAAUGUCUUAAACUGACACAUAUCCUGCAUUACUGCAGGGAUCAGAAAAUGGAUCAAGAUAUGUUAGAUUUCCCCUAUGAGAAGAAACCAGAUAUUUGUUCAGGUCCCUUAUAAGCAAUUGAUUCAAUUAAAGCUAUUAAUGUUACAGAAUAUCAACAACCUGAUGCAGCAGUUACAAGUAAAA